UAUAAAAUAUAGUUAUACACAGUUAUGCUAGUUUUCAUCGAUUUACUAAUGGUGGUUCUCAAAAUGAAAAGUACCUACUAUAAACCCCUGGCAUAUUUGAUUUGUUUAUUGAUCUGCUAAGGGGACGGAUUUCCACUGAGUGAGACGAUGACGCUGAACAUUAUAACACGGAAUGGAUGGUGUUCCAAAAAACCGCCAUUAUGGAAGCCCGAUCUUCGACCCCCCGUGUCCAACAUAUAUUGCUGCUACACUGGGACCGCCACUUGUUGGGACCGUCGCAGCUGCAUUGCCCAGAUGAGGAGAUUACAGAAGUUCCACAUCUACAAGAAGAGUAUGCACGACAUCCGUUACAAUUUCCUCAUAGGUGGUGAUGGUAACAUGUAUGAAGGCAGAGGAUGGCUUUACGCUGCGAAAAUAGAAAACAUCAUGACUUUGAACUACAAAAGCAUCAUUAUUGCGAUGAUAGGAGCCUUCAAAGACAGACAACCACCCGAUGCCAUGUUUGAAAUGCUCGACUCUUUCAUCAAUAACGGCAUCAAAAAUGGAUACAUCAAGGAAAACUACGAACAGCAUUUUCCACGGUGAUAAUAAUGUGGAGUGCUUAUUGUGUUA